AUGUUCGAAAACCUUUGCACCCUCCCCCUGUCGGCCGACGUCUUCACCCAGGCUCUCCAUCCAACUGAGCCGAUGCUGACUGUCGGCCUCGCCUCUGGCCAUGUCGAGACUUUCCGCCUGCCGGCCCCUGUCGAUAACGCCUCCGAUGCGUCUGGCGAUGCCGAUACCAGCAUUUCUUCGACCGGUCGGGGCAUGAUUGAGAGUGUCUGGCGCACGAGAAGGCACAAGGGUAGCUGUAGAGUUGUCGCCUACAGUCACGAUGGAUCUGCUGUCUACUCUGCCGGCACCGAUGGACUGCUCAAGCACUUCUCCCCCGAGACCGGCAAGGUCAUUUCCAAGGUCGCCCUUCCUUCCUCAAACAAGCAGACCGAUGCCCCGACCCUCAUGCACGUCUUGAACCCCCAGAGCCUCCUCCUCGGUUGCGACUCUGGCGCCAUGCACAUAAUCGACUUGAGAGACGGCGCGCCCGCCACCAAGCCCGCCCAGACCCAUUUCCCUCACUCCGAUUACGUCUCCGCUGUGGUCCCCCUCCCCCCGUCCGCCGAGAGCACGUCUGGUUUCCCGAAGCAAUGGGUCUCAACCGGUGGCACCACUCUCGCCGUAACUGAUGUUCGAAAGGGUGUUCUUGUUCGGUCCGACGACCAGGAGGACGAGCUGCUGUCCGCGACCUACGUCCCUGGCCUGGGACCCAAGAACAACCGAAACAACGGUGUCGUCGCUGUUGGUUCUGGGUCUGGUGUUGUCACGGUGUGGGAUCGGGGCGCUUGGGAUGAUCAGCAGGAGCGCAUCAUCGUCGAUGGUGGAAAGUCGGGUGGCGAGAGUCUGGAUGCUCUGGCCCUGGUGCCUCAGGAGCUUGGCCUGGGCAAGAAGCUGGUUGUAGGUCUAGGCGACGGCAGCCUGAGGGUCGUCGACUUGGUUACUAGAGAUGUCGAUCAGGUGUCCAUUGCGCCUUUUGUGUUCGGCAUCACCACGCCAAAGGUGUUCUUCGGGCCAGGCACUCUAAAGGAGUUGGCUGGCGAGCUCAAGUCUCGGAACCUCUCAAAACCACUCAUCAUAUGCUCUCCGUCUCGGACUUCUCUGGCCACCAAGAUUCAGGACCAGCUCACAGAGGCUGGCAUCAAAGACACAGACAUCCUCGACACGGCCAAAGUCCACAACCCGAGCGAAAUCAUCGGGCCAGCGGUAGAACGUGCGAAUAACAGAGAUGUUCUCAUCUCGGUCGGUGGAGGCAGCGCGGUCGGUUUAGGAAAGGCCAUUGCCCUCCGCACCGCGUUGCCACAGGUUGCCAUUCCAACGACUUAUUCGGGCUCAGAGAUGACGCCAAUCAUUGGAGAGACCAAGGACGGCAAAAAGACCUCAACUACAGAUCCCAAGGUUCUACCAAAGGUCGUCAUAUACGACGUCGACUUGACGAUGGAUCUUCCGGCCAAAGUCAGCGGUCCAAGUGGCCUAAAUGCCAUGGCACACUCAUUCGAGGCGUUGUACUCACGUCAAGCCAGUCCCAUCACAGACCACCUUGCUCUUGAGUCCAUCAAGGCUUUGUCUCGUUCACUCCCAGUGGUCGUUGACAACCCGUCAUCGACUGAGGCGCGCACAUCGGCCCUCUACGGCGCGUUCCUCGCCGGACUCCUGGCGACCGCAACUGGGAUUGCGCUUCAGCACAAGUUGGCUCACGCCGCGGGCGGGACCUUGGGUCUCCCCCACGCGGAGACGCACUCCAUCUUGCUCCCGCACAGCAUUGCUUACAAUGCCGUUUCGUUCUCCGAGGAGACUAGAAGCAAGUUGUCGGCGGCCCUCUUCCAAAGCACGGAAGACUCCGUCGCCGGUAUCGUGGCAGGUCUGAACGAAUUGAUCCGGCUCCUGGAUAUCCCGACGGGGCUCAGGGACGUGGGCAUGAAGGAGAGCGAGAUUGAUCACGUCACGGAUGUUGCUUCGGACACGCCAUACUGGAACCCGCGCCCGUUGGAAAAGGCAAAGAUUCGAGAGAUUGUGCGGAGGGCAUGGGCUGGAGAACAAGCUAGAACUGAUCUCUAA